GUCCCUGGGGCUUGGUCGAGGGCAACCCCUCCCCCCCCCCCAGCCCUUUGCGGGUUCCCUGCGCUGCUUCUCCUCUCUAGAUAAUGGGGUGGGGGGGCAGGGACAGAAGCGACCACCCGAAUUGUCUGUUGUUUGCGCUUGACUGCUGUAACCGCUCCAGCCACUCGGGUGCUUUUUGGAAGGGAGGCAAUGAAGGUGACUGCCCGGGCUGCGAGUGGGGAAAGGGCAGGGCAAUGUAAGCCCUGUGCCCCCAGUAAGUAGUUACUGCCUAUGGCUGGUCUCUACUGGGCUGGGCUGAGCUGUCAGUCAUGUCUCAAUCAGCUGAUGCUCAGAAGAGGAUUGUUACUGGGAUGCUGCUGCCCGGCGACCGAAGGUGGGAACUGGCGUUUGGGAGGCGCGCAUGCGCGGUGGGGUGUGUGGCUGGGCCCCUGCUGUUGCCUGGCAACCGGGAGGCGGUACGGCAGCUGGGGAGGCGCGCAUGCGCGGUAACGCCUUUUACGGCACUCGCCGCUGCUGCCUGGCAGCCAAAGCGCGACACGGCGUCUCGGCAUUCGCGCAUGCGCGGUGGCGCGCUUUACGGCGCUCCUGCUGUUGCUUGGCAACCAAAACGCUGUACGGCGGCUGAGGCAACCGCGCAUGCGCGCUGCGCCUUUUACGGCGGUCUCCGCUGUUGCCUAGCUACCAGAGCGCGACACGGCGUCUCGGCAACCGCGCAUGCGCGGCGGUGCGGUUUACGGCGCUCCUGCUGUUGCCUGGCAAGCAGAACGCGGUACAGCAGCUCGGGAGCCGUGCAUGCGUGCUGGUGGUGCGUUGUGCCAAGCGCUCGCCGCUGCCACCCUGCGACCAAUGUGCGGUACUGCAGCUCGGAGGCUGCGAGUGCGCGGGGCUGCCCCUGUCCUGCACGUGCCGCCGCGCUCGUUGCUUCCUCCCGGUAAGGAAACGCCGCCGGAAAGGAAAGCUUGCGUGGGCUGUCUCUGCCCGGCCUCCCUCUCCGUGCGGCGCGGGAGCACAAAGGGACAGGCGGGGCACUUACCGGCUGUGGGCAGGAGCUGCUGCAGCUGAAGCUGGAGAGGCCAGAGAAAGGUAGAGAAGAAGAAAUGGAAGGCCGGCCGGCAGCUGCCUCCCGCUGCAGGCAAGAGAGAGCCUGCCUCUCGGCCUGUGGAAGGAUCCCUCUUCGUAGUCCACAGCAGGGGGAGGGCAGCCGGAGUUACAGCAGAGGAGGGGAGCGGGAGAGGAGCAGAAAGAAGCGUCUGAACUGGCAAAUUCUCCUGGCAGCGCCAAGAACGAGAGCUGUGAUGUGUUGUCGUAAGGGUGUGGUGAUGCUCAGCAGAUGCCCCAUCCUGUUGGAAGCACCCCCUCCAUGGGGCAGGCAGUGUGGAUUAUCUGGUGUUGGGUCAAGAACCCAGAGUGGAAUUGCUGUUGCAGAUUAUCCUAGACGAGUUUACCUACUGUGGAUUACCUGGGUGGAGCCCCUGGUGAAGAUGCAGAGGGACAAGCUGUGUGCCACAGAGCGACGGGGGAAGGCAGUGGAGCGCCGUAAGGAGCUGGAUGUCAGCUGGCACCGUUUCGCCGUGCUUGCCCUUUCUUCUGCCAUGACAAUACGAGACAGAUGGAAAGAAUCCAUAGUGGUCUGCAAGUACAAGGCUUUCCCAGGAAGCACUGGCAGCCCUGUAACUAGUGACACCACGAGUUUUCUCACUUUCGCCCUUCCGAUUGUCUCCCCGUCCCACUGGCGGCGGGGGGAGCGAGUGAGCGGUCGCGUGGGGCUUCGUUGCCGGCUGGCGUUAGACCACGACACGAGCGAGCGCCUCUUGCUCCGUAAGCAGCAGUACUCGGGCCGUGCAGGUGCUGCACGUUGCAGACAGCAAAGGGCAAUCGUGACGCUUGCUGGGGGGAGCGGCGAGGGGUGCGGAGCCACGCUCCUGUAG